AUGUCUCGCACGCUUCUUGAUUACUUGACCGAGCGAAACCCCGACGUCAAUAAUGACAACUCUCUAAAGGGGGCGCCUACGUACCAAGAGCAUUUGUCGAAGAUUGAAUUACAAGAUUGGCCCGACUUUACUAUUGAAACUUUGAUGGCCUGCUAUGGUCACGUUUUAGAACGAGACUUUGACGCGACGUUCCCGGAAAUUUCACCGCCCAUAAGCCUGCUCGAACGUAUGAUAUUUAACGAAGAUUCGCUGGAUCAUCUCUUGAGUCGAUCAAUUGUCCCAGCUGUCAGUGUGGGGUUACAGGUAGCUUGGGAUUUAUGCUACCCCGGUCACGAGGAAGAGGUCAUUGAUAUCACGCGUGGGGGAAGAGCAAUACUGCGGGCCAAUGCAAGGAACGACGCGGAAAAUGCAAUUUUCCCUGAUUGGGCAGGUGUCCAGAAAAUAGAGAACCCCAAUGGUUUCGCCAAUCGCUGUCCAGGAGACACGAAGCUCUCUACGAAAUGGAGUUCUAAGAAAAAGGAUGCUCCGUCGUACAAAUGGCCAUUUGCGCAGGUGUUAAAGUACGCUGGCGACAACUGGAAGACCCGAUAUGGGUAUUUGAUCUCGCAAAAGGAGUUGGUGGUACUUCGUUUCUCUCGGGAGAUAGUUGGCUCUGGAGUUGCUCUAAAAAGAUCUCCACGGGUAACUCGACCCCCUUCGGCACAGCCACCUGCCCAGUCUGCGAGGCAGCAUCCACGUCAGCGCAAUGAUUCUAUCGCCAGCUAUAUGUCCCUUGACCGCGCAUCCAGAUCUCCAGGUCCUGCUCCCAGAUCUCCCGGGGGGGAGUCAUAUGUUGACGACCAGUUGGACAUCGAAUACUGCCCAGUGGAAAUGAAGAGCAUCCCUUGGAGAAAUUACGGACGAGGGAAGCUAACAGUGAAGUUGGCCUUGUGGUGGAUUCAUAUGUUGGCGGCCGCUCCAGGAGGGGAAAUAUACAUCGGCCACGACUACCCACCGCUCAACUCGUGGGUUCCAGUAGAUGGCCGGUACCGUCACACAUCUACCGGCUUGGUUUCAAAGAAAUACCCAAAACAUGGCAUGGUGUUAGACCCCGAGGCUUCUCAGGGCCCAUCCACUCCACCCCGGGACCCAUCCACCCCAUCCCGGGGCCAACGGGGCGUUGCUUCCCCCUUCUCGAGCCCCCUAUCGUCACCCCCCAUGGUCGCUGAUAUGAUGCCUACCCUGGAAGAGUUGAUGGACGUUCGCUGGGACGAGAACAACGACCGAUGGUGGUUUGAAACAUCCAGCGGCCGCAGGGGACAUUUUGCUUAUAGCGCUAUGAUCUGGAGCCAGCGGGAGGAGUGCUUUGGACACGCUGAAGAAGACCAGAUGGGUAACUUUGUAUUCGUAGCACGUCACUAG